AUGACAGAUUCCCAGAUUCUCAGAGCCUCCCCCAUCGUCAAAGCUUCCUACUGGUUCCCGGAUGGUGAAUCAAGCGACUCAAGUGUAUUUCCGGUAUCCUCGGCCGUGCUGAUUGACUCAACUCUCUUCACUCACCUUUUCUGCGCCUACGCCGAUCUGGACUCUCAGACCCACAGAGUCGUUAUCCCCUCCGCGCACGACUACAUAUUCUCCACAUUCACUUACACCGUCAAGCACAAGAACACUCACGUCCAGACCCUCUUGUCCAUUGGCGGUAAAAACGCAGACAAAUCGGCGUUUGCGGCCAUGGCAAGUUACCAGACCACCCGAAAAGCGUUCAUCGAUUCUUCGAUCGAACUCGCUAGGAACAAAGGAUUCCACGGCCUUGAUUUAGCUUGGGAGUAUCCGAGCAACCAUGUCGAGAUGACCAACUUCGGGAAACUUGUGCAAGAAUGGCGUGUGGCGAUUAUGACCGAGUCUGACCUAACCGACAGGAUCCCUUUGCUGUUGACGGCUGCGGUUUACUACUCCUCGGAUUACAAUUCGGCUUCCUACCCGAUCAAAGAAAUUGUCGACAACUUGGACUGGGUUAAUCUUAUAGCCUAUGAUUUUUACGGACCAGGUUGGUCCCCUGUGACCGGUCCCGCGGCGGCUCUCUUUGAUCAUUCAAAGCCCGCAGGUCCAAGCGCGGACGCGGGUGUGAAGCAGUGGCUGAAAGCCGGACUUCCAGAGAAGAAAGCUGUCUUGGGAUUCCCAUACGUUGGAUGGGCUUGGACUCUCCAAGAUGUCAACGACAAUGGUUAUGAUGCACCCACCACCGGAGCAGCAAUAUCAUCCGACGGUUCUAUCAACUAUGCUCAGGUCAGGAACUAUAUAGUGGAACAUGGAGCCGCCGUGACGCAUAAUCCGAUGGUGACCGGAGACUAUUGCCACGCCGGAUCAGUAUGGAUCGGGUACAAUGACAAUCAGACUGUCGUCAACAAAGUCAAGUACGCUAAGCUCAGAGGUCUGCUAGGUUACUACUCUUGGCACGUUGGAGCUGACUACAAGUGCGGACUUUCUCGUGCAGCAUCACGUGCAUGGGAUGCUACCGAGAUAAUCACCGGAAAAUAA